GUUUUUCCCAACUCUACUAUGCAUUCCUAAUCUUCCUAUCUUAAUUUUUUUAGUAUUGAAAAUUUUGGACCUAUUAAUAUUCUAAAUAUGUGGAGCGAUACUAUUUUAAUUGUUUUUAUUUCCAUUUGCACGGCGCUAUUGGGAGAAGGUCUCACUUGGGUGCUAGUGUAUAGGACGGAAAAAUACCAAAAGCUGAAGGGAGAAGUUGAAAAACAAAGCAAGAAAUUAGAAAGACGUAAGGAAAUCCAUGGAGAAUCUCUCGAUAAAUCGCAGAAGAAGAAAAUUGAGCGUGAUGAAGAAAAACUAAAGAACAAUAAUAGAGAUCUUUCAUUGGUAAAAAUGAAGUCCAUGUUUGCAACAGGUUUUGCAUUCACCGCUCUCCUCAGCAUGUUCAACAGCAUAUUUGAUGGUCGUGUUGUGGCACAAUUACCGUUUACGCCCAUUUCUUGGAUUCAAGGCUUAAGUCAUAGGAACUUAUCCGGCGAUGAUUAUACCGAUUGCUCUUUCAUCUUUCUUUAUAUUCUCUGCACAAUGUCAAUUAGACAAAAUAUACAAAAAUUGUUGGGUUUCGCUCCUUCAAGAGCUGCGAGUAAGCAGGGUGGCGGUUUAUUUGGUCCGACACCAGGACAAUUUAAAUAGAAAUACAUAAAUAAUUACGGUUAAUAUGUUACUGUGAAAGCAAUCGUAAUACAAUUUCUAUUCAUUUGGUUAAAUAUCGUUUUUAAAUUAAUUCGAUAUUCAAUAAAUAAAGUAUGAAACCCUAUUUGUUUAGAUAAAAAUGUAUCCUUAAA